AUGAGCACGACGCAACUGUUUCACACGGCGCUGCCGCCGUCGCUCACACCUUGUUGCCGAUGCAACAACAACAUCCGCGUAACCGCCACUGCACAGGGACUGAAGCAUGGGUGGGUCCUCCAAAGCACAAUCAACACGAACACGAAGAAAGCGGUUGUUGGUUCAAGAAUGAUAAAGUCUUCCUUUGGUGCUGAUACUUACCUCUCGUCUGUCACCACCAUCACCGAUGUUGAAAUCACCGCCGAUUUACAGGUAGUGAAGGUGUAUGUAUCGGUUUUUGGAGAUGAAAGAGGGAAGCAAGUAGCCAUGGCUGGGUUGAAAUCAAAAGCUAAAUAUGUUCGAAGUGAGUUGGGAAAGCGUAUGAGGUUGCGAUUAACUCCUGAGAUUCGCUUUCUCGAGGAUGAAUCUAUUGAGAGAGGAAGCAGGGUCAUUGCAAUAUUAGAUAAAAUUAAGAACGAGAAGAGUGGAACAACUCAAGAUGUGGAACAGUUGGAUUCAUCUGCGGACAAAGAUGAUGCUGAGCAGUUGAAUUCAUCAGAAAAUGAUGAUGAUCCUGAUUGGGACUAUGAAGAGCCUGAUGAAGAAGGUAUCAUUUAUGUGGAAUAG